AACAAGCGUCCCCACAGUACGAAAACAGAAAGCAAAGCGAACACAUCUCUCCGCACGUCUAACGUGUAAACAAAAACAACUCUUCACAUCAAGUGAACUUUACUCGUGAAAUCAAGUGUGAAAAGUGAAUCGUGAGACAAAAAUGUCACUUCUACCAAUGCUGUUCUCAAACUGGUGGGAAGACUUGGAGCGUCCGCAUCGCCUCCAUGACCAGCACUUCGGUCGAGUAUUAAACGCCGACGAUUUCCUCCACGACCCCAUCUCCCCCUUGGACUCGAGCCUCCUGAUCCUUCGUGCACCUCGCAGACGUCUCCACCACUUCCACCCCUACGAGAAGACCAUUGCACGCAAGUCAGGGGGUGCGUCAGUCGUCCAAGCUGACAAGGACAAGUUCCAAGUGAACCUCGACGUGCAGCAGUUCGCCCCGGAGGAGAUCAACGUCAAGGUCGUUGGGCGCAACGUCGUCAUCGAGGGCAAGCACGAGGAGAAGCAGGACGAGCACGGUUUCAUCUCUCGUCAGUUCACCCGCAAGUACCUGGUGCCAGAGCAGUGCGAGAUUGACGAGCUCCAGUCGCAUCUGUCCUCUGACGGAGUGCUCACCAUCACAGCACCCAAGAAGAAGGCCCUUGAGGACAAGAACGAGAGGACCAUCCCCAUCACCCAGACUGGGCAACCAGCCCUGAAGGACGUCGAGCCCUCGUCAUCACAGAGCAAGGAGUCCACCAGCACCCCCAAGUCACCUGUCACCAGGGGACAGGAGAAGGCUGCCAAGACUGUCAAAGCUGCCUAAGGACUCUUCAUCAUUUCCACUCAUCGUUCUUCAUUCAUUACUUGUCAUGUAUACUUCGUUUAUUCAUUUUUAUUUGUGUUCUUUCAAGUAUUUUCUCAACUUUUUGUGAUCAACCUUUGAGAGGCUGUAAUAUUCUAGAGUUAAAUGUACGUUCAUCGACUAGUGAACUAGUUUUUUUGUAUCAACUGCACAUAUUGCAGAUUUUCCACUUUCAUCGGAAAUAUAAAACCAUAAUCUCACGUAAAAUAAAAAUAAAAAAAAAUCACUUGUAACAGCGCAAAGAUUUUUGUAAUAAAAUCCAAGAUGAUAAUAUAAUUUAUGUUCAUUUCAC